AUGACAAUUACCAUCGAAAGCCACUCCCAGUUUGUGGUGACCUGGGAUUUGGCGUUGAAGAGAUAUACUGCGGCUGUGGGCAAACAACUAGAUGAUCCCUCACUACCCCACCCCUCUUCAGUGGAAGAGUUGCUCGAUCGACUGGAUAGUCAGAACGGCCAUUUUGGCCAGUUUAGACAGAGGAAGCGCUCGCUUUUCGAGAUUCUGACAUGCAUCUGCAAUCCAAUUGAACGCUUUGGGUCUAUGGCUGCAAGCAUUGCAUCUAACGCCUUUCCAGCCAGUGGCGUGUGCUUCAGCGCCAUUACAUAUCUUAUUGAUGCUGCGAAAGAUGUGUCGGCGUCUUAUGAUGCAGUCAUGGCACUUUUUGUGACCUUGAAGGACUUUCUUGUCCGCCUCGCCAUCUACGACGGUAGUCGCAUGUCGGAUGCACUUCAAGCCAAGGUUGUUGAUAUCCUAGCUACAUUACUUGAGAUCUUUGGUCAAGCGACCAAGAUAGUUCGGGCUGGAUUGAGAGGUCGAAUCCUCCAAUUUACCAAGAAUACCUUGCUUGGUUCCGACAAAACACUACAGGGUCUGGUUUCCAAGCUGGACAGGCUCUGCCAAACGGAACACCAGUUAGUUGGAGCAGAGACCCUGGGUGAGACCAAAAAGACCAACUUAGCUGUUGAGAAUCUGUCUGCUGUGCUUAAUGGCGCUAGUCUUGUAUUAGAAGAUAACCAUGGGAGGUUAGCCCAGGCUCAGGCGGAUCUCCAACGUCUCGUCGAAGGUCAGAAUGAUCUUCGUCAGGAGGUGCACCGAGACAUCAGUAGCCUAUUAGGUUCAUUCAUAGGGUCAGGUGCAAAGGCCAAUGGUGAUUCUGACUACCUGAGGACACUUUUACAGCCGUCAGUAGGCCCUUCAGACAUGUAUUACACUUUCGCAAGAAAACGGCUGUCUGGAACUGGAGAAUGGAUAGAGGCAGAGGUGGGAUUCCAGGCUUGGUUGAACAAAGAGCAACCCCUGCUCUGGAUUCAUGGUCCUCCCGGUUGUGGCAAGAGCUUUCUCGCAGAAUACAUUAUCUCGAAUCUGAAGACAAGAUUUCCCCAGGGCGUCGACCAAGGUUCAGAAGUCUCUGUUGGCUACUAUUUCUUCAAGGAUAACAACCCACAAACUCGAGGUUUGCACCAGGCGUUGCGGGACGUGGCAUAUCAAAUCUGCCUCAAUGAUUCGGUAUAUGCCGGACACGUUGCAACUCAUUGCAGCGCACCCGGUGAUAUAUGCAGUCUUCAGAGCGCAUGGAUGACGCUGUUCCGGGACUACUUUAUUGAAGAUGAUGCAGGUAGCCGGCAUGCCUAUAUCGUUCUAGACGGCCUGGACGAAUGCAUGGAGGCCGACAGGCAGAGUCUUUUGGAGUUUCUGUCUGAGCUUACAGCUGAUGAAGCUGGCAGCAAACCCAGGGUACAGUUCGUUAUGCUGGGACGACCCCACCUUUCCGCUGAUGUAGCCGAUGCCUUGCAGGAGUCAGUCGCCUCCAUCUCUAUAGAUCGAUCUAAGAAUGAUGAUGAUAUCGCUCGUUACGUUGAGCAUUCUAUGAGGAGGUCUAGGAACAUCUCUCGUGCGCCUCCAAGCCUGCGCAAAGAAGUCAUGGAAUUUCUUGUGAAGAACGCACAGGGUAUGUUCCUUUGGGUAGACCUAAUGACCCAAGAGUUGGGGCGACACAAUCGAGCGAGCAGUAUGAGGGAGUGCUUACAACGACCGCCGAAGGGUCUGUAUGAGGCCAUGAGACGUACCCUGGAAGGCCUAAGCGCUUAUUUGAAGGGCGACGAUCCUGAAGAACUAAAUACCAUCUUGGGCUGGGUUGCGUGUGCUUCGCGUCCUCUUUCUCUUCGAGAGAUCGAAUACACGCUGAGUCUGGGUUCCUCUGACCCAGAGGAGAUUGUCGGCAUCGAAAGUUUGCUUAGGUUGCAAUUUGCGUCCUUUCUGACACUCGUCCGAGAUGACGGCCUGACAACCGCCGACUUGCAGACGGAAAUAGAUGUAUCUUCUCUUCAGAUCGAUGACGAUCAUUAUGAAGAUGCGGAGUCCUUCGAACUAGAAACCGACUUCAAUUCCAACCCAGAAACAACAGAAGUCACGUUCUGCCAUGCGUCUGUUGGUGAUUUCUUUCGUGAUGAAAACGAGAAUAAGCUCUCUGCAGGUCCCGACUAUGUGGCCAUUGGUGUUGAUAUUGUUGAGUCUAGAAUCUCAACACUGAAAGCGUGUCUACAGUUGGUUUGCGACUCAAACCAAUGUCCAAACCUCCGGAAUUAUGCACUUGUCUGGUGGUAUAGCCAUGCGAAGGCCGUCAUCCCUCACAUUCAUCGAAUUGGGGAGACCGACCGGCAGGAAAUCGGGAGCCUCCUGCUCAAAACACUCCGUGAUGAAUCCGUGCUGGAGGCUUGGAUCAGUUUACGGGAUGCAGAUAACUUUUGGUCUUUGGAGACGUUGAUUCCAUUUUCCAAGCUUUUGGAUGAUAAGCAAUUUGUGGACUCUCUGCCGGCUGAUGUACGCGACUGGGUGUUGAGUAGUAUUCGGGAGCCCGCGAGGCUGCUCGUUCCGGCUGCGGAGUGCAUUGCAAAGAAAUGGCUCCAGGGCUACCAAUGGGACGCACGUACGUGUAUGCUGAUCAUAUAUCGGAUAAGAUGCCUGUUUGAAGGCCAAGCAGACGAAGAAAUUUCCGACAAUCCUGCUGCCUCAACUGUGCUUGAUGCGGCAGAAUGGGCCAAACUUCCCAAGACAGCAGAAUGGAACCGGAGAGUUGCCAUUUGCCUGAGGGACACGUCACACUAUGAGGAAGCCCAGGUUUACUUUGAAGCGGCAUUAGAACUGGACAAUCAGAUGUGGCUCGCUAGAAGCGGUCUAGCAUAUCUCUACAGUCUCAGUGGCCAACAUGAGGAAUCUCUGGAGCUCUACAAAGAGAAUAUUGAAAUAUUGGAGGCUGCUUCCGAAAACCCUGAGGCGCGUGAUAAGCUCCCUCACAGUGUUGAAGACUAUGAUCUUGCAGACACCUACCAGUCUGUGGGCGAAGAACUGUUGUCACUCGGAGAUAGAGCCAGUGCUUUGAUUUACCUAGAAAAGGCUCUGGAUGUCACCACCGAGGGCAAGUUCCUCUCUAAGUACAUCCAGCUCCUUGCAGAAGAGAAGACUCCUGAAAGCCAUGAGAAAAUCAUACAGCACCUGAAAAGGUUAGACACUGCGUCCGGUGACAAUGGUGCCACACGCUUGACAGAGUGUCUCUCGGAGAAUUCAAGAAUGGUCUGGUCCAGUGACUUCUACCAGGCCAUUGCGUUUGCUGCCAGAGCCACAGAUCAGCUCGAAUGGCUUGAAUAUGCUUACAUGACAGCAAUUGAGGUAGCAAAAAAACAGCGCGACUCGGUAUUGGCGUUUUCUCUGCAAGUGUCUCUGGCAGACCUCUUCAUCAGCUAUGACAACAAGGAAUCCCGCGCUGUUGAGAUCUGGCAGAUGGUGAUGGACUUUCCCGCAACAUUCAUGCAGGGGAACCUGCUGAUGCUAUACAUACAAUCGCUAGUGAGCAGAUACUAUGGCGUCUAUCUUUUUACCAGGGCCAUCCGAGCCGGACCAGGCACCAGAGAGUCCGAACGCUACAUACACACACUCCAACGGAUUGCUAAACGAAGAGUGGUCCACUCAGACCAUGUCUCCGAAUGGGCUGCCAACAACUUUGCCACAGCCAUUCUUGGUUUGUGGUAUCACCGAAUCGAUCAACCGGAGAAGGCCCGGGAAUACUGUCUCCCGUUCGUCAAGAAAUUUGUCUAUGCCGAAAACGACGCGAUGAGUACAUACACAGCCAGCUAUGCCUUUGCAAAGCUGUUACUCAUGAUGAAUGACGAGUCCACCGCGGUAGCCAUCCUUAUCAGCGUCAGUAGUCCGGAGGAAACAGCUUGGAUCUGCGAAGCUAGAUGUGGAGUGUCGUCAGCGACGUGGGAAAAGGGGAAUAUUUGCCGCGAAUGCGCGGUCGAUCUGUGUGAUGACUGCGUACAGCUGGUAAAGGAGGGGAAGCCGACAACGGCCAACAUCUGUAGUCCGGAUCAUUCGUGGGCUCGGGUCCCGGAGCCGUCUGCUCCUCUGGGACCUGAUGAUGUGCGUACGGAUGAGAUGGUCUCGAUAGAGGAUGUGAAGAAUAAAGUUAAGAAGCAGUGGGGGUUGUGA